UUCAACAUGAAGUUAUUUCAUUUCCUCAUUCCAGUAAUGGGCGCUUGAUCUCAUGUUCCAUUAAAAUUUCGAUUUCCUGCAUAUUCUCUCCUUAUUUCACCUUUAUAUUCGAUUUCUGAGCGUUGAAUAAUCCAAUUAGAAACCUACAUAAAAUGGAGAUUUUGGAGGAAUUCCGAUCAUUGAUUCCGCAAAUGAUGAAGGAGAAGGGAAUUGAAGAUUAUGAGAUUGAUCUGACUGGAAAUUCAGGAAUUGGAGAUGGAUAUAUGGGGGAUAUUAUAUUCUUCAAGGUUGAAUCGAAAACCGACAGCAAAACACAUCACCUCGUCAUGAAGCUCGCCAAAAAGAGUGAAGCUCUCAGGAUGAACACCAACUUGAUAGAGAAUUUCAGAAGGGAAAUCUUCAUGUACAAUACAGUUUUCAAAUCGAUCGAAUCGUAUUUUGCCAAGGCGAAACCGACUGUUAAAGUGUUAGAAUAUGUUCCAAGUUUGUUUUGGUCAUGCGGAGAACCUGGGAAGGAAGCGCUAGUAUUCAAUAAUCUCAAGGCAGAUGGCUUCACCAGUUGGAAGAAAGGAGAGCCUCUGGACUUCGAGCAUACCGUACAAGUAGUUAGAAACAUAGCAAAAUGGCAUGGAGAGGUUAUGGCGUAUAGGGACCAGAACCCGGAUCAGUUCCAGAGUUGGAUACCAAAGCUUCAAAAUAUAAGGUACGAGCUGUUGGUGCAGUUGGGUCUGAUGAAACAUGCCCACAAAAAUUUCAGAAAGGUAGUUCAAAUGUUAGAAGAAGGAGGCGAGUCUGAAUUGGCUGAGAAAUUCAAGUCUUUGCAAAAUAAUCUGGACCAAUAUGCACAAGUAGCGGAUGACGAAAAAGAUAGACUUGUCAUAACGCAUGCUGAUUUAUGGAUCAACAACAUCUUAUUCAAAUUUCAAGAAAAUACGAGUACAGCAAUUGAAAACAAAUAUUUCGACUUUCAAGUAGCAAAUGUGAAUACGCCCGUCGAAGAUUUAACUUUCUUCAUUUACGGCCACUGUGAUGAUAUUGUUUUGGAUAAAAUAGAUCUCGUGAUGCACGAUUAUUACAAUACUCUCUCGCAAACAGUGAAGAAGCUCGGAAGUGACCCGGAAAAUAUAUUCAGCUAUGCAGAUUUACUGAAGCACUGGAAGAAAUAUGGAAUAUUCGGUGUUAUUUCCUCCAUCGAAAUCAUCAAACUUCAGUUGUUACUCGAUGAGGAGGUGCCCAACCUUGACACAAUAUCCGAAGGACAGUUUAAGGACAUUUCAGACGUCUUCAAUUUUGAUAUGAAGAACGAAGAUUUGUACUUCCAGAGACUACUCACUUUAUUUAGGCAUUUCGGAAAUAAAUUUCUCUGAUCGUA